CAUACCCGUCCAGGGCUGAUGGCAGCCUCCACUAAUAAGCACUUGACGCGGCAGUGAAAACCGACUUCAUUCCCCUCAAAGUUUAUAUUUAUCAACUCCAAAUUUCACUUCAUCCUCAUCAUGUCAAACAGCGGACGCGGUCGAGGUGGAUUAUUCCAGCGCGGUGGUCGAGGUGGUCGAGGCGGGGGGUUAAUAGGGUCAGCGGUCCGUGGCGUAGCAGGCGGGAUAGGGCUCGUGUCGGAGAGCGUAAGCUCCUACAAAGAGAAGAGAGCAGCGGAAAAAACCCCCGCAUCCUCAGAGUCCCAAUCAAGCGGCACUGUCGUCGGAAACGAGCCGCCACCGAACUAUGAGCCUCAGCCAAGCCAGUAUGAGGACUCGACUGAAAGACAAUGGGAGCUCGACGAAACACAAUCCGAGCUACUCUCAAGUCCCCAUGACGGUGCUGACACCGCUCAACAGACUCAAGUUGACAAGGAUCUUGUGGCCAGUUUCUUAAGAGUGCAUGGCUCUUCAACUGGCCGAACCAAUGCUCAAUUGGAAUUGCCGGUCAUUCUCGCGCAGCGGAGACCAAAGGAUCGAACCCGUGGCUUUGUUCGGGGAUAUGCUCCGAUGCUUGAGACAGUCGGUAUUGACCAAGCGGCAUGGCUAGACUUUCUAGAUAAAUUCGAUCAGUCUACUCGAGCCUCACCUUGGAUCGAGGUCAUCAAUUUUGCAGAGUUCGGCGGUUUCUUUGUACCGAUUGCGCCAAGCAUCGCCAUUAGUGCAGCCGUGUACAAGACAAUUGAGGUUGCGAAAGAUGUCCAAGGCAGACAAAGGUCAAACAAGUUCAUUUCUCAGAUGAAUGAGCAAUACUUCUAUCCCAAGGGCUUAUGCUGUCUGAUCAUGACCUGGCGACCCGAUUCCGGGACGUCUCACGAGGUUGUUGACCUGACAUCAACAGUCGCUUCUUCCAUUGGAUCGUAUGACUCUUCAUUCACCAACAAGUUCAAAACCUCCAGCGGAAAGACCUAUGGUGAUUUUGCUCUCCCCGAAGCUGCCCCUCUCAUCUUUCCGACCCUCGAUGUCCUUGCUGAGGCUGAUAGUGAAGAAUCGAAGGGUCUGAAGCAGAGCCUGGGUGAGAAGAGAGCAUACAUCCAGGAUUACUAUGACAAGAGAGCCCAGGCUCAGUUCGCGCUCAAUAGACCGGAUAACCUCUUGGCCAACCAGCAAGAAGCUCCAAAAUUCUCUUCACGAUAUGCUGAUCCCAGCCAUCCUUCCAACAAUGGCUCCUUGAUCUCCCUACUCACUGGCGGAUAUGUCGACCCAACGAAGCUUCGCCGAGGCUUGAGGGGCCAAGCACCAAAGGGCCAGAACCAAGGACAAGCCAGUGGAGCACGGAGUGAUAGACAGCCCGGUCUGCCGAUGCCUUACAAGCCGGUCAAAGCGGCAAGGAAAUUUCUUUUUAACAAGGACAUUUUGUAUUUAAUGGUCGUUAAUAUGCCCAGUGAGGAUGAGCUCCGGGAGGCCAAGACUGCAUUGGACCGCAGAUAAAGGAUUUCUACAUUCAAGGGCGACAAGCUUUUGUCGAAUACAGGUUAAUUCCAUAGGAAUCUGGCAAGCUUUCUGGACUGAGCUACUCGCGGCUCCUGGGCUCUCUGCGCAGCUCGAGCGAAGCUGGAGGCAUGCAUGUUGGCUCUCGUCAGCUUGUACCUCAGCCUAGGGCUUGCAAUAAGAUUUAUUGGUCAUCGUGAAAGCUUCUAGAUAAAAGCUUAUAUCGGGGGGGGGGUUUAUAUCGUGUUGUCAUUCAUCACCUGUGUUUGCAGCCUAAAGCUUAACCUUAUAGGCCGUCUUCAUCCAUAAUACCUCAGAUACAGAUCGAGCUGUCACAAACAAUAGUAGUUCCAGGACCAAAUGAAAGUUCAAUCAAAAUAUUAUUAAAAGCU